AUUAAGAAAUCGUGACUUAAACUUACAAACAUUAGUGCUUACUCGAAAAGUGAUUCUUAACUUAGAAAUAUAUAAAAACUUAAUUAAAUGUACUUUUGUUCUUUAGCAAUAUUUCAUUCACGUAUUUUUUCUCUUCAAUUAUUGUGGAAGCAGUUAUAGAAGAUGAGAUUUAUUAAAUUUGCUCUGUUUGUAUUAGUACAAACAUCUGUUGUUUCAGGUAUCCAAGAAGAAAUCUGCGAGCAAAAGGGUGAAUAUAUCACAUGUCCAUUUGGGAAGGUUCUAGACAUUAUAAAGGUUGAUUACGGGAGGUCACGGGUUGGAUUCUGUAACCCUUACAAUGUGCCAAACCUCCCGACAAACUGUCAUUCUACGUCAGUCAGUUUCAACACAGUGGUGAAGUUGUGUCAAUAUAGGGGCUCGUGUUUUUUAGAGGCUGACAAUACCAUAUUAGGUGAAGAUCCAUGUACUGGUUUUCCAAAGUACCUAACGAUUGAUUAUGACUGUGUAGUCCCGACGACGACGACCAAACUCACAACUCCGACGACAACACCGUCUACGACAUCUAGCACGACGACAACCAGUACGACCAGCACUACCACGCCAACUACAACCAGUUCAACCAGUACGACCACUUCAACAACCACCAGUACCACCACACCGACGACCACCAGUACUACAAGUACCACCACGCCGACGACCACCAGUUCCACUACAACAAGAACUACACCAACAACUACGAGGAUGCCGACGACAACGCAAUCCCCAGUAGUUCCUUUUAUGCCGUUUAAUGCUCCAAAAGGUUCUCAGGUAUGCCAUGACUAUUUGGUGAAUGGAAAGAACCCCGUCCCUGAUGGCCAACUGUCGGCGACGUCCGUAUAUCAGACCGGAAGUUACCUAGACAACCACGGACCAAACAGGGGUAGACUUUUCUCUGACGCUGUUGUUUUGCCAAAUGGUACAUACAAUCGUGGUGGAUGGUCGGCGGCCGUCGAUAAUCAUCAACAGUAUAUACAGGUUCAGUUGAAUGCACCAAGUAUUGUAAGAGGUGUUGCAACACAAGGACGUCAUGUUAACCCCAACGACCUUUGCUGUUACCAGUACGUGAAGAGAUACCGGGUCAUGUACAGCUUGGAUUGUGUCAAUUUCGAAACCGUCAAAGAUCAAUCUGGAAGUGAUAUGAUUUUUACCGGUAACGCGGAUCAAGACAGUGUUGUAACUCAGAUGUUACCAUGUCCGAUAAUGGCAAGGUGUAUCCGCAUAAACCCUUUAGACUGGAAGGACCAUAUUUCAAUGAGAUUUGAUCUUCUGGGAUGUAGUGCAAAUACUGCUGAUCUUGGAAAGUGUCCAAAGGGUUGGGAACAACGCCCCGGAAGUAACCAGUGUUAUCUUAUUACUGGUGUGAAGGACAUGCGCACAAGAGAUGAUGCCAGCGCCGAGUGCCAAAGGCAACAAGGUCAUCUUGUAAAAAUCGAUUCCAUUGCUGAAAGGGACUGGUUACGUCAAAAGGUAGCUUACCUUCAGCAAACACAGGGACAAUACCAUUUCUGGACGGGUCUCAGUAACAGACCAAGAACUGAUAAUACCGGAUAUACAUGGGAAGACGGAACUCCUAUAAAUGCAUAUAUCAUGCCGUGGAAAUCUGGCCAACCUGACAACGGUGGUGGUGGGGAACACUGCGGUGAAUUAUGGAGCGGAGAAAUGAACGAUAAUGAUUGUAAUCAGCAUUAUCCUUAUAUCUGCGAACAGUCUAAAUUUUGGACACCACCAAAGAAUGUACCAAAUCCUUUCAAUUCUCACAUAAUACCUACAACUUUACCAACUCCUUCACCAACCACAACGAGAGCUCCACCUACAGUUAAACAAUAUGUACGACCACAACUUCCUGGCAGUGUAACCGUCAACGGAAUAUUAUAUUCAACUGGUUGCCUCAGUCAAGUCUCCGACUGCAGUUUUAGAUCAGCCGGCGAUUACCAGUCGUGCCAAGGCUGCCAUUAUUAUAUGACAUGCGCGCCUUCUGGAGUUUUUACGAGACCGUGCCCUGCAAGAUUAGUAUGGGAUGAUAAUGUGAAAACAUGUCAAGUGUUGUCAUCAACAUGUGGCCCUGUGUUUGGUUGAUGAAGAUUUAAUGACAAUAGAUAGCAAUAUUGACUAUAUUUGAAUGUGUUCAUUGAGAUGUAGGAGUAUUUAAUCAUAUAGGAAACUGACGUGUUGCUUAUCAGAAAUAUGCGCACUAUUUGCUAUAAGUGUAAUUCCUUUGAUGGAAAUUCUUUAUAGCAUAUCAUAUUCGUCAAAUAUAAUAAAAUGUAAUAAUAAAUCUAUUUUGUAAAAUAUUAAAACAUUAUGUUUUGUAAGUUUUUACAUACUUUCCAUCCAAUUUUUUUCAUUCAUUAAUUCAUGAAUAUAAUUUAUUUUACUCUUUAUUCACUUUGUUUUGAAAAUUUUCAUUUCUUGUUUUUCAACAAAAUUAUAUCAUGAACAUAUACAUUCAUUACCUUCAC